GUCUGACAUGUCGCUCACCUCCAUUCUGUCAGCUGAGGCCAUUGAAAAAGCUGUCAAGGACUGUGAAGCUCCAGAUUCGUUCUGCCACAAGAAGUUCUUCCAGAUGUGUGGCCUGUCCUCAAAGACGCCUCAGGAGGUUAAAGAUGUCUUCCAGAUCCUCGACGAGGACAACAGCGGCUACAUCGAGGAAUCUGAGCUCAAGUUCUUCCUGCAGCGGUUCGUCCCCGGUGCGCGAACCCUGAGCGAUGCAGAAACUAAGAAAUUCAUCUCAUCAGCUGAUGACAACAGUGAUGGCAGAAUUGGAGUAGACGAAUUCCAGACGAUGGUCUUAUCCUGAGUUUCACAAAGGAAAUUAAGUCUUCAGUGAUUCCCCCACUUCUGCAGUCCUCUGACAGCUGCUUGAGCUCUGGUUGCUUUCCAAUAAAUUCUCUGUGUGAUUAAUGUUUUUAAAUUACCUUAUGCAGAUUUAACAUUUUCUGAUGUAUCUUUUGCCUACUCCAUGUUUUUUGUGUGUUCCACCUCUGUCAAUGACUGAGAGAAAUAAACACGUGGAAACAAACAUGUGAAA